GCUACUGUACAGCCCCUCGGAGAGCCUUUCCACUCAGGUAGAGACACUCCUGCGACUGGUUCACCAUUCACUUUUUACAUAAAAAAGACUCUGGAAGAUGCAUAAACAAUAUACCUCAGUGAGCCCCACCAGUGACGUCAUUGAGAAGACUGAGAAUGGACCACAACCAAAGAAACACCGCUACAUACGCAAAGAGGGCAGCUGUAACGUUGUUUUCCGCCAUGUUCCCGAGGAGUGGCUGCUGUUUGUUACCGACAUCUUCACAACCCUGGUGGAGAUCAGAUGGAGAGUGAUGUUCCUGAUAUUUGCCCUGUCUUACAUCCUGUCUUGGCUUUUCUUCGGCAUCAUCUACUGGGUCAUCGCUCUCGCUUACGGUGACACCAGAGAAAUCACACCCGAACCCUGUGUUUACGGGGUGCACGGCUUCACAGCCGCUUUCCUCUUCUCCCUUGAAACUCAAACGACCAUUGGCUACGGUUCCAGAGGGAUGUCCGAGAACUGCAUGAUCGCCAUUAUCAUCGUUACUAUACAAGAUGUCAUCAGUUGCUUCAUUGACACGUUUGUCAUUGGAAUUGUUGUCGCAAAAAUGGCCUCGGCAAGAAAGAGGGCGCAGACGGUAGGAUUCAGCAACUGCGCCGUCAUAAACCUUCGUGAUGGUUAUUUGUGUCUGUCCUGGAGAGUCGGAGACUUCCGAAGGCACCAUCUUGUGGAGGGGACAGCUCGCGCCCAGAUUGUCCGCUCCACGGUGCAUGCCACAGGGAAAAUGGACGUGACAUACGAAGAUCUGGUUAUUCAGCAGGUAGAAAUAAUUCUGGUCACACCUACCACCGUCUUCCACAGGAUAGAAGCCGGCAGCCCUCUGUUCAGUAUGAGUUUGAUAGAUCUUCGGAAAGCAGACUUUGAGCUUGUGGUGUCUUUUACCUACACGGACGACUCCUCAGGUAUGCUGCAUCAGACCCGAACCUCAUACACUCCACCUGAAAUCCUCUGGGGUCAGCUCUUUCAGGAGAUGAUCAGGGUUAGCAGGAGGAACUACAGGGUGGACUACACCUUAUUCAAUCACACUGCAAAGGUGCUGGUGCCUGAGGUCAGCGCUGAGGAUUACGAACACAAAAAGCAGUUGCGGCCCUCUCCCCGACAUUCCCCAAGACAUUCACCCAGAUCUUCCCCGCGGCUAUCACCUAGAUCUUCUCCUCGCCCCUCUCCAAGGUUACAGCAGUGGAGUCAUCAGGAAAAGCUUCUGAAACCCCCAACGGUAACCGUGGAACUUGUGAAUGAUAGUAUCCCUGAAGCAAGUGGUUCAACAUCUCAAGUAGACAAUAAACACCAAGAUACGUUGCCUUUGCCAAUUUAUCUCAAAGAUACAGAAAUGUAAAAGCGAAACCAUUAGGUUUAAGGCAUGUUUGAGGCGGGCAUUCCUCUGCACAUUGUCCUGAUUGUCUAUUUCUUCAAAGAAGUCACUGCUGAAGAGGAAUAUCUUGGAGUCAACUGGAAUGGGUACCAAAUAAUGUUAAGAAUUCUUGUUCUUGUGUGUACAUUAUUUAAAUUGUUUUAAGUGAUGCUCCAGCAAAAAAUCUGAAUCAAACUUGUAGGUUUGGAAGAUGUUUUUUUAGGACAUAGGCUUCAUGUAGACUAUUGAACGAUACCAAUGGUGUUAGUACCUCCUGACGAAAGACCAUCAACUUGCAGAUCAUUUGCCCCUCAGGGGUUUCCCAAGGCUAGAUUUAUGGAGCCCCACCCUUGGGCAUAACAACGCAUGAAUCCGGUUUGAUAAAUGAAUCAAAUGAUCAAAGAUCCAAUAUCAUCAAUGCAGAGUGGAAAAGCCAACUCAAAUAAGCCUGAAGAUAAAAAAAAAAACUGUAAGCGAGUAGCGCUAGUGCUACUAGCGAGCUCUGCUAGCUUCAACCCUAACCCUAAACUCCUCAAGACCCUAGCCAAGCCCCUGUGUCUUCUAAUCAUUUUAAAUAUAAUUAAAGCGAGUGCUCAAUAUAGCUAAUACCGAUCAGUUAAACAAGAGCAUAUAACUGUCCAUGUUUGCAACUUGAGUUGUCCCUACAGAGACACUUUUAUAGGCUGCAGUACUGCAGUUGACCACUGGGACAACUUGUCUGCAAAGCUGACUCACUAUACUAUUACGAGCUCUGGUAAUAUAUACAUGAUUUGGCCCAUGAGAGCGCCCCACCUGCUACUCUUUCAUUGGUCAGGAGAACUUUAGGGAUUAAGCAGUGAGUGAUAGUGCCAAAGACCCAAACUGUAAACAGCAACAGCAAUUCAGAAGGGACAAGUUAAUGUGUGAGGAUAUGAGUUAGAACAAGUUCAUUUAGCCAAAGGGUUGUGAAUAUACUAAGCGUACAAAUGGACAAAGGGACAAGAGUAAUCCUGCAUGAGUGGCAUUAAAGUUUAUCAACGAUCUACUAUAUGGAAUUUGCUGUAAGUGACUUGUAUUUAAACUGGCCACAUUAGCCGGGCUAUGAUAAAAACUACUUACAGCCCACUUUUAAGCCUACAUGUUUCAGUAUACAAUACCCAAAAAUAUAAUUACUGAAGGAAGCAUCAACCUAAAAUAAAGAAAGGCCCCCUAUUUGAAACAUAAAUCUUAAAAAAAGAAUUUGUAUUGUAUUUUUGUAAAAUUCAGUUUCAGGUUAUUGUGCAAUUCAGGGCAAACAACGAAAGAUACGUGGUUUAAAAUUAUUUUAAUACUUUUCAUGGACCUUUUGGAGAGAUAUUCUUAUCAAGUGCAGUGUUCAAAAGAAGAAUUAACUUGUAAGGUUGCAUUAUACAUUUAAAAACUGGGAAAUCUGCUGAGGAAGAUAAGCCUCUGAACGGCUACUAAAAGGAUAUUGCGGGAAGAUUGUUUUGUCUACUGUGUAUAUAAUUAUAUUAUAAGUGUAAAAAGAAAUGACGUGAAAAGAAAGGCAUACAUUUUAGGACGUUACUUAUUUCCAAAGAAGGUCUCUACAUUUUAUCCGUCAUGUAUCACAACUUCAACUGACUGUCACUAGAGUUUAAGGUCUAGUCACUGUAAAUAAUCGUCAUGGGGUGACUCCAGCAAUAUCCCUUAUUAUGAGUGAAAACGUCAGAGUUUGUAUGGAAAACAUGUCAAAUGUUACCUUUUCUUUAUGUUUGUGGUGGUGGAAUCACACUUGUUUAUUAAAUACCAGAAAGUCUAGCCAUUCAAAACUGUUUUUUCGUAAACAAAUAUAUUUACUUAUUGUCUGGACAACAUUAAUAUUAUUGAAUAUCUUGAUAUUAGCCUGAUUAUUGUCUUAGAUGUUCGGUAUUGACCAAAAAUAUUGUAGAUCCUUUAUAGAUUAAAGAUAUGUAUUUGUAAUUUCGUUCAUACAGCAUCAUUAAGCAGAU